AUGAUAAGGGACUUUUAUUCUGCGAUACAAAGAAAUGACAAUGGUAUUGCUAAAAUAUUAUCACUCCUUCUAUUUAUAUUCCAAACUUGCCGAACUGAAAAUACCUUGGAGUGCUCCCAGUUGAUGCAGAACAGUAAAUGCACGUGCUACACUUUUGAAGAUGCUGUAUAUCUCGAUUGCCAAGACACGAUAUUAAAAGAUAUAAAAAAUGCCCUCAAAAGAGUUAGUAAUGUGCACGCGUUUUCUAUAUACGAUCUCGACGGCAGUGAGGAAGAAUUGGGACCACAUUUUAUACCUCAAGGCUCUUGUAUCAAACACAUACAUAUAUCUCGAACUAACAUAAGAUACAUUGACGAUGAAACGUUUAUGCCAUUGAGAAAGUGCCUUGAAAGCUUAAGCAUUUUAUCAAGCAAAAUUAAGUUUAUACCGCAAAAAGCACUAUCCGCUACAUCUUUCAAUAAUCUUAAUAAGAUUGUAAAAAUAGAUCUAGAACAUAAUAAACUUCAAACAAUACCUUUGGAGUUACUCACAUCAAUAGAAAAUCAUAUACAAGACAUCUCCAUACAAGAUAACGUUAUAAUCUGUCGUUGCCAAAAGAAUAACACAUGGACGUGGAUUCAGGAUCAUCCGAAAAUAAUAAAACAGUAUACUGUUACUUGUUUUAAUGACGAUUAUCCCAAAGAAAAAUGUGAUCUACCUUUUAUUGUCCAGUUAUCGGCAGACAAACAGGAUGAUAAUUCAGUUUUAGUAACAUGGCUUAUCAGAAAUCGUACUUCUGUAAAAGCAUUACAUGUGUUAUAUUACAACGAAGUCACCUUUUCUGACGUGAAAUUAAAACACGUAGAUCUAAAUUCAACGUCUACGCUUAUAACUGAUUUGGAGCCGAAUAUGAAUUACAUGGCGUGUUUGUUAACGAUGUAUGAUAAUUCUGUCAUCAAUUUGUUAAAUGAAGAUUUCAUAGGGAUCAACGCUACGGAUUUUGAAAGUAACACUACUACAAAAAUGAAUCGUAACAUAGCGGCAUCUUUGAUUGCACAGUCUACAGCAAGUGAAUGUGUUACUUUUGACACGAUAAAAAAACCACUGUUAAUUAAAACAAAAAGUAGCAAAGAUUACAAAACUUCGUCUAUAUUAAAUCGUCGCACUGGCUUAAUUGUUGGCUGUUCACUAGGAUUCAUAGUGUUCUUCGUAAUGGUAACUGUUUUAUUAUACACUAAAUUUAAAGAAAGAAAAAGAAUCGCAAAAUCAGACCCCGCUUGGUCUGAAAUGAACGACUACCACUCCAUACAAAGCAAAGAAGAUAUUAUCCAGCAUUCAACGACAGCAUCUACUGAUAAUAUUUUGUUGGGGAUGACAAAAAAUCGUAAUGUAUCAUUUGACAAAAUUAUAUAA